AUGGAGGGCGUUUGCCGAGCGUGGCGCCUGGGAUCCCUAGCUUCCUACGCUGCUACCCGAACACUCACCACCGAGGACUGGCGUUGGCCUGCGGGCUGGGAUCACCGCAUCGUUUCCACCGAGGCGUUCUACUGGGCGGUAAAGCGCCUAGGGCCCUACGUGACCGGGCUUCGGCUCGACGAUCGGCAGAUUGCGCGAGGGUUGCGCCCUCAGGUGGUAGCGAUCGCGGUCCGUAGCUGUCCACUUCUGACCCGUGUGGACUUGACGGGAGCUCGCGUUCGUCCAGCGGCCCUGAGGGACCUGGCGAGCGCGGCAUUGGCGUUAACAGAACUAAGAGUAGGUCAAAGCUUCGGUAGUGUGGAGUCCGAGCUCUCGGCGCUGCUCGCGCCCGCGUCGCGCCUUGCGGUUUUCGUGGCAUCAACCACGGAAUUCGCGGGGGUGGCGUUGAUGCGGAUAUCGCCGGGACUUCGUGAGCUGCGACUGAAGAGCUGCGAGGGGGUAUUGUCGGCACCUGUGGGCGCGGCUCUCGCUGCAUUAACUUGUCUCUCCGCGGUUGAGCUUACGCAAUGUCGUUCCCUCACAUCCGAGGAGCCGUUACGUGCGCUUGUGGAAAACGAAUCGCUGCACGUUACGUUGAGGGAACUGAUCAUCACCGACGUCGAUUUCUCGCCUUUGCCGGACGAAGAACAAGAAGGGGAAAUCGAGGCACCCAGGAUGCUCGACCCACAGUUCAUUGAGUUGCAAAUAGGCCCGGCGGAGACAGCUCGCACAGUCGCAGAAGUGUUCACCGAACUGAGAACAUUAACCACCAUGUUCUGUGGAUGGGUGGCGAACGCUUUCGUUAUCAAUAUCGGGAGCCACUUGGUGAGGCUCACCGAAUUAGACCUAUCAGGCUGCUCGAACAUUCGCGGCCAGUUCGCAUUAGAACCACUAUCCACCUUGCCAGAGCUGAUACGAUUGACGAUCAACAACCUACAUCCCUCCGUGGGCGGACAGGUACUGGGGAUAAUCGCCAGCCUGGAGGAGAUACGAGCCCGGGACAGCCAAGGGAUCAACGAUGAGGACGUCUCUGGAGCUGCCACGGGGUGCCUCCGCCUGAGAAUAUUGGACGUGGAGGGAUGCCUCGCGGUGACGGAUCGCACUCUCCACGGAGCAACGGAAAUCGUCCGCAGGCAAGGAAGAACGGCAUUGCUCAGACUCAGUGUCGGUGGGACGAGUGCCGGUUGUUGGACCACCGUACGACCGAGCCUGGUCCUCCAUAUAAUACGCGAUAGAGUUUAUGCGCCGAUUCUACAUUGGUUAAUCACAUCGCGACGCGUGGCGUGA